AAAUGUGCGAUACUUUAAAGCAAAAGUAGACUAUGUUCAGAAACCGAUUUCUAAGAAUGGGCUUGAAGGCAUAUGGAAACGGUUUUACGAAGAGGAUGCUGGGGAAGCUGAGAUGUUGUUGGUCCCAUACGGGGGAAGAAUGGAUGAAGUUUCAGAGUCUUCCAUUCCCUUCCCACACAGAGCUGGUAAUUUCUACCAAAUCCAUUAUAUGGUGUAUUGGGAUGAAGAAGAGGCGUCAGAAAGGCAUAUAAAUUGGAUCAGAAGACUUUAUAGUUACAUGGCUCCUUACGUUUCCAAGUCCCCAAGAGUUGCAUAUAUUAACUACAGAGAUCUUGAUAUAGGAGUUAAUAACAAGGGCAAUACAAGCUAUGCACAAGCAAGCAUUUGGGGACGAAAAUACUAUAAGAAUAAUUUUAAAAGACUGGUUCAAGUGAAAACCAAGGUUGAUCCAUCCAAUUUCUUCAGGAAUGAGCAAAGUGUUCCACCCUUCUACUCGUGGACCAAGAAUGGAAAGUAGGAUUCUCUGGGAAAAUGCUAUACUUUAUUAUUUGAUUCUUAUGAUUAGUUGCAUUUGAUUAAUUUUUAUUACUGUGAUUAGAGCUUUAAAUUGAUGUCGCCUGUGCCAACAAAGAUUGUAGUCAACAGUACAUUUAUUAAAUGCACCAUUUUUUGUUAAUGUUUAGAGGAUAUAAUGUGUUUUUCCUUUUUCAUAAUCUAGCAUUUAAGGAGAA